CCACUGGUUUUUUUUCCAGCGAAACACAUCAUAAGGUGCACCUACUUUUACAUCGUCCCUGUUUUGCCUCUUCUAACACUAGUGUGGCGUGGCAUCAUCACUGUUCGUUGUUACUCAUGAAGUCGCUUACAAUCUUCAAUUCCAAAACCAUUCCCUUCAGAAUCCUCAACCUCAACUCACUCUCUCACUCCCAAUCACGCUCUUUCUCCCUUCGCGUUUCCACCCCACCACUCACUGAAUCCUCAAUCCUUCAUUCCAUCGAAUCUUCUCAGUGGCAUUUCAUCGAACACCUUGCCCCUCACUUCACCCCUUCCCUCCUCUCCUCCAUUCUCACUUCCCUUCACCUGAAACCAGACCACGUUCUCACCCUCCUCACCCACCUCCACAACCACCCUCACUCCCUUGACCUCACCACCCGAUGCCUCGCCGUCUGCAUCCUCUACCGCCUCAAAUCCCACAAACACUCCCUCCACAUCCUCAACCCCCUCAUCCACACCGCCAACCCCGCCACGAUUCUCGACGAAUUGGCACGUGCCCGCGAACGUCUCAAUGUUGGCACCACCGUCGUAUUCGAUCUUCUCAUCAGGGCUUAUUGUGAACUCAAGAAGCCUAAUGAGGCUCUGGAGUGUUUCUACUUGAUGAAGGAAAAAAAGGUUCUGCCUAAGAUUGAUACUUGCAAUCAGAUGUUGAGUUUGUUCCUCAAGUUGAAUAGAAUCCAGAUGGCCUGGAUUCUGUAUGCUGAGAUGUUCAGGAUGCAGAUUAAGUCGAGUUUGCGCACUUUCAACAUUAUGAUUAAUGUUUUGUGUAGAGAAGGGAAGUUGAAAAAGGCUAAGGAGUUUAUUGGGCACAUGGAGGCUCUUGGGGUGAAGCCUGAGGUUGUUACUUAUAAUACAGUCAUACAUGGGCAUUGUGUGAGAGGGAAGUUUGAAGCAGCUCGUGAGAUGUUUAAGACAAUGAAAGAUAAAGGACUAGAACCAGAUUCUUACACCUGUAAUUCUUUCAUUUUUGGGAUGUGUAAAGCAGGAAGGCUUGAGGAGGCAUCUGAUUUACUUCGCAAUAUGUUAAAGUUUGGAUUGGUGCCGAAUGCAGUUACGUAUAAUGCCUUGAUUGAUGGGUUCUGCAACAAAGGGGAUCUGGAUAAAGCUUUUGCAUAUAGGGAUGAGAUGAUAAGUAGAGACAUAGUGCCAUCUCUUGCUACUUACAAUUUGUUUAUUCAUGCGAUGUUCAUGGAAGGGAAGAUGGGGGAAGCUGAGAAUUUGAUUGAAGAAAUGCGAGAAAAAGGAAUGAAGCCUGAUGUUUUUACUUAUAACAUAUUGAUUAACGGGUAUUGCAGAUGCGGGGACGCGAGGAAAGCCUUCAGCCUUUAUGAUGAAAUGGUGGGGAAAAGGAUUCAGCCCACACUGGUAACAUAUACAUCACUUAUAUAUGUUUUGGGUAGAAAGAGUAGAAUGAGGGAGGCGGAUUACUUGUUUAAGCAGGCUCAGAAACAAGGCCUUUUGCCAGAUAUCAUAAUGUUUAAUGCAUUGAUCGCCGGUCACUGUGCAAAUGGUAAUAUUGAUCGUGCAUUUCAACUCUUAGGAGAGAUGGAUAAUGCGAAGGUCCUUCCUGAUGAAGUCACUUAUAAUACCUUGAUGCAAGGGUACAGCAGGGAGGGGAAAGUGGAGGAGGCUCGGAAACUUCUUGAUGAGAUGAAGAGAAGGGGGAUCAAGCCUGAUCAUAUUAGUUACAAUACACUCAUUAGUGGUUAUAGUAAACGAGGUGAUGUGAAGGAUGCGUUAAGAGUUCGUGAUGAAAUGACGAAGAUAGGAUUUGACCCUACGAUUCUCACUUACAAUGCUCUUAUAAAAGGCUUGUGCAAGAACCGUGAAGGUGAGCACGCUGAAGAGCUCCUCAAAGAAAUGGUUAGUAAAGGCAUUACUCCUGAUGACAGUACCUACCUAUCUUUAAUUGAGGCCAUGGAGACUGCUGAUGACCUGGUGGGAAAUGAUGGUGAGUGAAUUUGCACUUAUCUUCAUUUACUUGAAAUUGAAUGGAGAAAGGGAUGUACUAGAAGAAAAUAAGUUAUUCAGGGACUAUGUGGAAAGUUCUAUCUUUGAAGUUCGGACACAAGUGUCUUGCCAUUUCUGAUUCUAAAAGCUGUGUCAUUGAGCAAACAUGUGACUGUACAUGAAGAACAAGAUAAUGGAGUUUAGGCUGAAGUGGAAGUUGAGAUACUUGAUCAGCUUAAAGCUAGCAGGAUGAAGAAAAUUACUUUCAAGAAUCAAGGAGAACUCGAAGUGAUAUUUUUAUGUGCAGAUUUAAAAAUAGAUCCAUAUGUUGCCCGAGAGAGCAGUGUGGCACAUUGAUUGAUUUUGAAGACACUAAACCAGCUGACACGAACAAUCAUAUAGCAAAAGCAUAAGUUCUCCUCAUGUCCAUUAUGUUGUAUUUUAAAGUGAAGAAUGAUGGUUCUUUGUGCUCCUCUCAUGAAGGGUAUAGCUCUUAGUAUGUUAAGUAUUUGUUGCUACUAAAUUGAUAUUGAGAGAUGGUGUUAUGGAGCUAUUAUGCAGCAAUUGAGGAAUUAUUGACAUCUUGGUUCAAAUAUACCUAGCAUUUAAGCAGUUGAGGAAGUAUUUGGUUUAAAUUGGUAGGAAUUAUUGAUGAAUGUUCUUAUGAUAUUUCAUUAUGCAAAAGCUGGUUUAUCAGACACCUUUGUCUCUCAAAACAAUUUCAUGGGUCUUCCUAUACUGGCUUUUAGAGGUGGUGCUAUUAUAAAAAGUUUUAGUGAUGUAUAUGAUUGUAAAACUUUGAUUUUGCAUGCUGUGUACAUGGAAUCUUCAUUUUCUCUGUGAUCUCUUAAGUGGUAAUUAAAGAUAUGUUGCGGCUUCCUCAAGUGGAACAAUGUACUGCUUUGGAGUUCUCUAUUCCCAUUUGGGUUUUCUUUUCGUGUAUGUUAUCAGUUUAGUUUUUUGUUAAUGUUUCA